AUGCCUGUUUACCACGUUGCUCUUUUCAAACUCAAACCAGAGGCUGACCCCAACAAGGUGAAGCAGUGGCAAGCACUGGCUGAGGGAAUGGUCGGACAAGUACCUGGCCUUAUAGGUCUUCAGGCAGGCGCGCCCAUUGCCUUAACGGCACCCAUGGCAAAGGGAUUUGACAUGGGCGUGGUGGUGCACCUGGAUUACGUCGAGAGUCUGGCGACCUUUUUUACCCAUCCCAGUCAUGAGGAGGUCAAUGAACUGUACAAAGAUGUUUGUGAGAUAGGUAGCACUAUUGGAUAUGACAUUGAGUUUUAGUUUCAAAAACUUGCUGCUUGCCAAUGGGACGCUACACAUUGAGACUACCUAGGUGCAGUGAAACCACUCUGUGUCAUACCUACCUGCCGGAGUUAAAAUCAAUCAUAUGUGUAAAAGAGAUAAG